UCCCUUAGUCGCCUUAACGUUCAUUAAUGCCUUCAUCUUUUGAAAAAUUAGUAAAGUUAGGGGUUUCGUGAAGAUGUCAGCCGGGUUUUCCUUGCCGCUAAUCCAUUGGACACUUAGUUCGCCGUCGUUGAUCUGGUCACGUAGCCAGUGGUGGCGAAUAUCGAUGUGUUUAGACCUAGAUCCAAUGGCGUCGUUGUUAAGGAGCUUAAUUGUAGCUUCGUUAUCAAUGUAGAAGGGCACAGUAGGGAUCUCUAGGCUUCCUUGCCUGCCUCUGCUGCGGCCAUG